AUGGAUGAAACCCUGAGACGGGCCACACCAAUGGUUAGAGACAUUGUCAGACAUGGCUCAGUCGCGCCCUCAACGGCGCUCGCGCAUCCAAGUUAUUGCCUUCAAUGCAUAGCUCCCUUCCCAAUCCCCCCGCUUGACGGUCCACUGACAGGUUGUCAUACAGCUAAACCAAUGCUGGCUUGGCCACGUGCUGCUUAUACCAGUCGACCAACUUCCUCGAAGGGUAUUUUUCGCACAUACGUGAAGGGUGGAGGAGAUCCAGAGGCGGUCAAACAAUGA